AUGAGCAUCCCAGUGAAUGGCCACUCGGGCGUGCCGCCGGGCUUCCGCUUCCACCCAACCGAGGAGGAGCUCCUAAACUUCUACCUGAGAAAGAAGGUGGCGUGUGAGAAGAUCGACCUCGACGUCAUCCGCGACGUCGACCUCAACAAGCUCGAGCCAUGGGACAUCCAAGUUGCUAUCGAAUCUUGUGAAGCAGAGAAGUGCAGGAUUGGGUCGACGCCGCAGAACGACUGGUACUUCUUCAGCCACAAGGACAAGAAGUACCCCACGGGCACUCGCACCAACCGUGCGACGGCGGUCGGGUUCUGGAAGGCCACUGGCCGGGACAAGGUCAUCUGUUCCAGCAUCAAGCGGAUUGGGAUGAGGAAGACGCUGGUGUUCUACAAAGGCCGCGCCCCUCACGGCCAGAAGUCAGAUUGGAUCAUGCAUGAGUACAGGCUCGACGAUCGCUCCGACAUGAGCUACCCACCCAACGUAUGCAGUAGGGUUUUAGAGCUUGUCGAUAUAGUCUGCUUGCUUGUGUUCUGA